AUGGAUGGACUCAUCUGCAUCCAUGAGAAGAUCCUACCGCAGGAGCUCAACGAGCCCAGGGCUGGUGUCCAUCGAACAGCAGACCCGAUGGGUAAACGAACUUCCGCGGCGCCGAAGCAACCCGUGAACAAGAGAGGCCAUCAAGAGGCAAGCGUGGUGACACAACCAAGUUGGAGUCUGCGCAAAAGGGAAGCAAUAGCCCGGAGGUGCAAGAUGCAAACCAGCAAUGCAGCCCUUCAGGGCCGUGUGGGCAUUCCCCAAGCCGUUUCGUGUCGAAGCCGACCCCUGUGUCGGAUGCGCAUGUCCCCCGUGUACCUGCUGGUACACCCGUUUGAUGAAAGGAAGGACGCAGGUUUGAGGUCCGGAGAAGCAGUUCAUCGGUCCCUCGAGAAUGAGAAGGGGGGCAGUCUGAUGCCUGGGCCCGCUCCCACCCGAGUAACACCCGCUUUGGGCUAUCGGAAAAAGCAGACCGAUGAUGCCAACUGCGGAAGAGGCCUGCAGAACCGUGGCCUGAGGAGCUGCAGGUUCACCUUGUACUUAUAGGGAGACUGAAAUCGCACCCAUUAGCGGCCAAUGAAAAUGCUCCGACGCAAAAGAGACCGUUGACACAGGACGCCACGAUCAGGCACUCCUCGAACGGUGGAAUGAUAACACGAGCCGAGCUCGAUGCUGAGAACGUGACCGAGCGGCAUCCGAGGAGGAGCGCUGGUUCGUUGAGAAGAGCUAUCAGCACUGCGCUUCGUCCGACGACAGAAGAAAGGGGGGAAGAUGAUGCGCAUGACGCUAUUGACAGCAGAUGCUCGGCGACCGUGGAGAGAGUGGGUAUGGGCAAUGACCUAUGAUUCCAGCAGAUAAGA